AUGCCUUCCGAUACGCCAUCCAAAAGACCUCUGACGAUCUUACCAACAUUCAGUAACUCAUCAUCAUCGUCACGUUCACCACAUAUACGCACACCACCUACAUCGAUUUCUACACCACAUUCAUCAAUAUUCAAUUUCAAUUUUAAGGCAACCCCUUCUUCUUCCUCUUCUUCAUCGUCAUCAUCACGUCGAGUACAACUUCCCCGUUUACCGAGAUCUGUCAUUCGUGUAUUGCUGGUACUUAGUUUAGUGGUCGGAUUGGUAUGGCUGACUAAAGCUGGGAAAAGUGGGGGAGGUGUAGAAGAAGGUUUAUGGGAUGCAUCAAGUUGGUCUGAAAGAAGAACUUCAGCAGAAGGUAUAAAUUUAAGAAGAAUUAAAAAUAAAUUCGGUCUAAUUCCACCUCCUCAACCACCUGUCAGAGGAGGAAGUUCAUCCUCAUCUUCAUCUUCAUCUUCAUCUUCCAAUAGAAGACCUAUCUCAGAUAUCGAUAUCGACAAUGGUGAAGGUUACAUGUAUGAGGAUAAUGACGAUCAACUACCAAUGAACAGACAGAUUAUUGAAAAACCAAAUUUAUCCAGAAAUAAUUAUACAUCAAUCAAAGUGAAUCAUCCUGGUGAAUCAAGAAAAUUGAUCAGUGGAUCAUCACCUGAAAAGUAUAUGACCUCAAACCUCCCUACAUUGGACGAGGCUUGGACUUUCUUACAUCCAUUAUUGAGGGAAGCUAAAGAGAAAUAUCAGAAUGUACCUAGAGAACAUGAAUUGACUGCACCCAUCUUCCCUCCUUUCCUGAACGACGAUUUGGUUUCGAGAUAUAGACAUUUGAGAGAAGAAUGGGAUGAUGAAUCUAGAUCAUGGGUUCUCAGUUCCGACAGAAGAUGGUUCUUGGUCACUGUAUGUAGACAAGUUGCUGGAAUGCUCGCGGAUUGGUUCGCUGCUUGGACUGUUCUCGCCGAUUUCUUGGGUCCAGAAUCAUUGGUCUUCUCUUUGAUCGAGGGUGAUUCGGCUGAUGGAAGCGGCGAGAUCAUCUCCCACGCUAUGAAAGCGCAUUUACUUUACAUCGGUGUACCACCUGAAAACAUCAAUAUCAAGACCUUCGCACCUAAAUUCGACUGGGAAUCGAUUCAUCGAAUUGACCAACUGGCCAAAAUGCGUAACGAAGGAAUGCAACCUUUUUACGACACUUUACCUUCAGGUUUAUCACCUGAUGGGCAUCCAUGGACUGGAAUAGUCUAUUACAAUGAUGUAUAUCUAUCUGCGGCUCAUUUCUUGGAAUUAAUGCACCAACAUUUCAAGCAAGAUGCAGAUAUGACGUGUGGUUGGGAUCAUGCAGGUAAAUGGUUCUACGAUGGUUGGGUAGGAAGAGAUAUGUCAGGUGAUUUAUAUACCCCUUUCCCUGUGAAAGAAGAAGAUAAAGAUCUACCUCAAAAGCUGUUCCCAUCUUCACCUCAAACGUUAAGAAGAUAUUCUAGAAUGUUACCAUUCCAAGUAUUCGCAGGAUGGAACGGAAUAACGGUAUUGAAUCCACAACCUUUCUAUCCACCUUAUAACGUCAGAUUCAGAAGGGGUAAACCUAGAACGGACGAAUUUUGGGAAUGUCAAGCUUCCGAAUCAAGUUUCAUCUCAUGGGAUUUCUGGAAAUUCGGUUUUGGUAGAGUUCAAGUCAUUCCAGGUGUACAUGCCACUUAUGGUAAAGAAGAUGCAAUGUUGAGAGGUUGGUUGGAAUGGCCUGAACCACAAGGUGGUUUAAGAGAACAGAUAGAUUGGAUCGAUCAACCUCCAUCGAAAGUCAGAUGUCAUGAUUGGCCAGAUAAGCCAGGUAAAGGAUAUUGGGCAUGGGACACCGUACGAUGGGUUGAUCCUCCAAAACUCGAAACUCCUAAAUAG